UUCGAAAUUCACCACUCUUCACCCAACGUCUUCAGUUUCACCAAGUCUUCCUUCGCACCAAGCUUCGUGUAAGAAUCCUCCACGUGUUGUCACCGACCACAACCCGCACAAGACACUCCAAAAAUGGCUCCGGUCGUUUCCAAAAUCGUGGCGGCUUGCACCGUCGCCUCUGUCUCUGGAGUCCAUGUGAAAUCCCAAACGAACGCGGUGGGGGCGCAUGACUACAUUGUCAACAACUUGAAAUUCUCGACGACCCUCCGCGUCUGCAACGCCUAUCCGUUCGCGAAGUCGACGCAAGUUUUUGAUCAGAGCCUGGACUACAAAACCUGUGGGGAGAUCCAGACCAACCUGCAGCAGGGCCAGCAGAUUGACUUUUUCGCAGAAGAGAAGAAAGUUUUGUUGGGUACUAUCUCUACAACAGGAUGCUUUUCUUGCAUGUGCUCGCAAAUCAAUUCGUACAGCGCCGCAGAAUGUGAUGAUAAAUAAAUCAAGCGCCACCCUAUGGCGCCCGAUGCUAACACGCUACUGCAGUGGUUCUUGUUGCUUGAUGCGCUGCUAGUGGGCCAGGAGUGAAGAAGACCCUUAAGCUCCUGAUGCAGGUGCAAAAUUUUUGAAACUUGUUCAGAACAAUCAUGCUCACGAGAGCAGCACACAAGAAGUCGAUCGGUCAUGCAAAAAAUAAAAGUAAAAGUAAAACAAAAACACCAGGUUCUUUUGAAGUGCAGGACACUCCGCGGGAGGACUCCACGUUGCUGCUGGUUCUCCAGCCCCUGGAUGCGGAGUCGACGGGGGUGCGAUUCCAGUCCCACGCGUUUGCAAACUCGGCCGAGGCCCAGGUCGCGUUGUUGGACGCUUUUGUCGGCUCCAAAGCCAAGAAAUCCGACCUGAUCGACAUCCGCGACUCCUACGGUGUGCAGCCGCGGGACGAGAAACUGCGCUUGAACUCGGUCGUGGGCUUGAACACUGGUAAAAGAUUUGAUUUGAUGGAAGCAACAGUUUGUUGCAGUUUUCUCAGCAUGUGAGGGUUCAUCUGUACAGCCCAAGACCUUCUAUUCCAAGAGACCAUGACGCACUUUUGCAACUGCAAGUACUAAAUCAGUCAUAUAAUUAAAGUAUCAAAAUGCAUGUUUAUGUUAAUGCAACACAGGCUACUACCAAGUCCAGAGCACGACUUCCGGGAGCAACAAGCACGACGGUGCGAAGAAGUCGCUGCAUGCGUUGGAGGGGGAAAAGAUUUCCAUCAUCCGUGUCGGCGUCGCAGGGAACAAGGAUUUGCCGGAGGACUUGAUCGUCUUCCCGGACAGCAACCAGAGCAUCUUCUCCGGCUUGGUCAACUGGGUGUCGGGCUGGAUCUAGGACGGUUCACGAUCAUCCGGGAGGCAGGGGGAGAGUCUCUGGACGUGCUUGGAGGCAGAAGGAAGUACAAGAGGUCAGCGGCGAGACUUCUUCUAAUUAUUUUUUCCAUGGUUGGUUGGAGAACCAAAAGCAAAAGCUUUAGCAUGACUCGAUAUAUUUCGUUGAAAUAUAGUAAAGUAGCAUUAUUGGCAGGUUUCGUAUGUUUCAGAUCAUGUGUAUGUAGAUUUUCCUUUUUUCCAAGAUAACCGAAAAAGAAAACCUUCUCGUCGUCCUGCGCAAUUUCUCGAAUUGAUCGUACUCAAUCAAGCAGCAGACCUUUUCCGUUCAGAAACCUGAAGCUGCCAGAAAUUGGCUGCAGGGAAGAUGCCGAAGUCGUGCGUUCUUUUCUACUUCAUGGCAACAACGUCCUAUCGUCCAUGUCCGUGCCAGCCGGAUCAUGCUGAAGGAACGUUUUCGUGCACAGUAAAAUGUAUGUAAUCCAAUGCUCCC